UCUUAGUUGAACAGUGACGUUCUUCCUGUCGUGCUAAGGGUCAACUGCUCUGUGAAGCUCCUCUGUGCGGUCUCUUCUGCCUCCUUACAGCCGUUGGUUUAUUAAAAAAAUCUUCUGUUUCCGGCUCGUAAAUUAUUUCUGUCGCGGUUCCGGAAGUGUCCAGCACAGUUUGGCUCAGGUGUCACAGCGCGUGAAGCUUUUUAUUCACCUUACUUUCUGGAAGUUUCAAAGCUAACGUUAGCUCAGCAGCUAGCCACCAUUCACCCUCCGCGGAGAGAAUCGAUCUAUAAUCAUCAUCGUCGUCAUUAUCAUGGAUCAAUCAGGAGUCACAGCGCAGACACCGAAGAGCCCGUGGGGUUCGGCGGCCCCGGCGGCUCCAGCCUGCUCUCUCUCUGAGGUGAUGAGCGAACAGCUGGCGAAGCAGCUGGACGAGGAGAACGCCGUCUUCCCGGCGCUCUCUGAUCCUGCAGCCGAGCUGCUGCCCGACGACGCCAACGACACCGCCAGCGACCUGAUGCUCGCCCAGAUGCUGCAGAUGCAGUUCGACCGCGAGUUCGACGACCAGCUGCGGCGCGAGGAGAAGAAGUUCAACGGGGACAGCAAAGUGUCCAUCUCCUUCGAGAACUACCGCAUGGUCCAUCCGUACGACGACAGCGACAGCUCCGAGGACGAGGUCGACUGGCAGGACACGAGACACGACCCCUACAGAGCCGACAAACCUCAGACCACGCCGAGGAAAGGCUUCACGGGGAAGGGGAAGAACAUCACCACCAAACAUGACGAAGUCACCUGCGGCCGCAAGAACACGGCGCGCAUGGACAACUUCGCCCCGGAGGUCCACGUCGGUGACGGUCUGGGGAUGGACCUGAAGCUGUCCAAUCAGGUGUUCAACUCCCUGAAGCGGCACUGCUACAGCGAGCAGAGACGCAGCGCCAGGCUGCACGAGAAGAAGGAGCACUCCACCGCCGAGCAAGCCGUGGACCCUCGCACUCGCCUGCUGAUGUACAAGAUGGUGAACGCCGGCGUGCUGGAAAACAUCAACGGCUGCAUCAGCACCGGGAAGGAGUCUGUGGUCUUCCACGCCGACGGAGGGAGGGAGAUGCACAACCUGGCCAGGAUGAAGAAGGCCGAGAUCCCGUGCCCCGAGGUGGUCCUGCUGAAGAAACACAUCCUGGUGAUGUCGUUCAUCGGCAAAGACCACGUCCCCGCCCCCAAACUGAAAGACGCCAUGCUGAACUCAGAGGACCUGAAGAAGGCCUACUACCAAGUCCUCCACGUGAUGCAGCAGCUGUAUCAGGAAUGCAAUCUGGUCCACGCCGACCUCAGCGAAUACAACAUGCUGUGGCACGAAGGGAAGGUGUGGCUGAUCGACGUGAGUCAGUCCGUGGAGCCCACCCACCCCCACGGUCUGGAGUUCCUCUUCAGAGACUGCAGGAACGUUUCCACGUUCUUCCAGAAGAGAGGCGUGAGCGAGGCCAUGAGCACCUACGAGCUUUUCAACGCCGUGACCAGCCUGAACAUCCCCGUGGGCGCCGAGGACGAGGCUGAGUUCAUGGCAGAGAUCGUGGCGCUGGAGAAGAGGAACGAAGACCACAUCCAGAAACGAGGCAAGAAAACCUUCCCGGUGACCUCGGAGGACGGCGACCCCCCUUUAGAGCCCGACGCCGAUGACUAACGCCCGCACAGCUCGCAGAUUCUUCAUGAUCCCGCCGUGUUUUUAGACAAAUCCGAAAAAGAGAUGAAUGGAGGACGAGGACGACGCCUCGGCACCUCCAACCCACCACCCUACUCGCUGCUUCCUGUAAACGGGAAGAGUGAGGGGGCGGGGUUUAACGUUUAACCGCAUUGGACGUUAAAGUCAGAGCGUCAGACGAUCAGAGGCUCGGGUCUUCCUGCUAAGAUUGUCCCACGCUGCUCGCGGUGUGUGUUUUUUGUAAACGCUUCGUAGAUUAAAACCCGACUUCAGGGGGAAACGCCGUCACUGAGGCGCUCUUACGAUCACGCUGCAGGAAAACAGGUUCACCCUCAAACUUUAGAAAAAAGUAGAAAUCAGCUGAAACUUCACUCUUGUAAAAUCAAAUGAAUAAAUUUUUCUUCUAGUAAAAACAUUAAAGCUCCCGUGUGUUCAGGAGUCAUGGAGGGUCGAAGCAGGAAGUUAAAGCGUGAGAAUGAAACGUUAUGAACAGAUGAUUUCAGAUCCAUCAUCAUCCUGGUGAAUGUUUAAAAAAUAAAAGAAGUCAGAUUUUAAUGUUUACAGUAGAGGAGAGCAGGAAGUGCUGCUGUCUAGCUUCAACAAUAAUGUCGGGUUUUGAACAGGAUGUUGGUCUCAUGGUGCAACUUCAGAAUAAAACACAAACAUGGAAAA